GACUAUGAGAAACUGAGUGAAUGAUGGAGCGAGUAAAGAAGUGAAGGCGAAAGAGAAAUUAAGGGUGACAGUGUGUGUGUGUGUGUGUUAGCGAGAGUGAGAGAGAGAGGGGAGUCGAAAGAGACAGAAAUAGAGAGAGAGAGAGAGGGUGAGAGAGAGAGAGAGAGAGAGAGAGAGAAGAGAGAGUGUGUAUUUCCUCAAAGCGAAACACGGAUGAAAUGAGAGGAGUCGAGCCAUUUGUAAACAUCUUGACUACGUCUAUGUUUCGGAGCUGUUAUUUACAACCAGUCUAGUUUGAACACAAGUGGACAAAUGUGUACAUACCUGGGUGAAGUGAUAUAAUAUACAACUGUGUGAAGACCAGUCAAGAUAGAAGGUAAUUGAAAACCAUGGCUCUAAAUCCCUCGUGUGAGGCGGCUGUUGUUGUGGGGCUUGAAACAUUUGCGCGUCCUUACUGUAAAAUGAAACCGCCGGAUAUUCCAAUUUGGUUUAACCAGACAUUCAUUAAGAAGCUACGCAACAGCAGCUGUUGGCAGUUCUAUCUAAAGCAGUGCAUGCCACCGCCUAAGGGGCACUUCCAGGAGAACCACCAUACCACCACUAUUACUGUGAUCGUAUUUGUCUUCCUAAUUCUUGGAUUAGUGAUUCUUUUCUUUGUAUUUAAUCGACAUUGGCGAUUUGGCCAUAUCGUGUCGAAUGUGGUAAGGAAACGUUUCAGUCAAAACAAAAUGAACAAUGAAAAACUUUCCAGACAAUCAGCGCAGUGUAGUUACCGAAUGGAUACACCCGAGGGUGAACGAUUACUUGAAGGAGAGGCCGCAGAAGCUGUUAAACUCGACAAUCAAUGUUAAUAUUACUUCUGUGUAUGCUCUAAAUUCAAGAAGAUGAAAAAAAGAAUUGAGUUAUAGUUGCCGGAUAUACAAACUUUAUCAGUUAAAAGAAAGAAAUGGAUUCUUCGCUUUUUUCCUCCCCCAUUUAUUGCCAAACUGAUGAAAAUAACGUCGAGGCUGUGACAAACAAACUGAAAUCAACGAU